AUGGAUAUCGACUCGAAGAUCAAGGCCUACCGUUUCGUCGGCUAUGCGGCCGUCACGUUCUCGGCUGUCGCGGUUUUGUCCGUGUGCAUAACCCUCCCGAUGGUCUACAAUUAUGUUCACCACGUUCGCUCACAAAUGCACUCCGAGCUCAACCUGUGCAAGGGCUCUGCAAAGGACGUAUGGUCCAGUGUGUAUUCGAUUAAAGAGCUACCUGCUGCUGCUAACAGAACCACCAGAAGCGCAUUUAACGACCAAUGCAACGGAUGUUGCUUACCUGGACCGAUGGGACCCGUCGGAACUCCAGGAAAACCGGGGAAGCCUGGAAAGCCUGGAGCUCCAGGCAUGCCAGGAAAUCCUGGACGUCCUCCACAAGCCCCUUGCGAGCCAGUCACUCCACCACCGUGCAAGGAGUGCCCACAAGGACCACAAGGACCGCCUGGACCUCCUGGACCACCGGGAGACAACGGGGCACCUGGUGAACAAGGACCAAAGGGACAAGACGCAGCACCCGGAGAACCUGGACCGAAAGGACCACCUGGACCUCCUGGGCCACCCGGAAGUCCCGGAGCGCCUGGAGAACCUGGAGAGCCAGCGAAAUCGGAACCUGUUGUGCCUGGACCACCUGGUGCACCGGGAAGCCCAGGACCUCAAGGACCUCCUGGACCACCUGGAAGUAACGGAAUCGAUGGAGCUCCAGGAGAACCUGGACCGAAAGGACCAGAUGGUGAGCCGGGAGCACCCGGACAAGAUGGAGAGCCUGGCCAACCAGGACAUCCUGGCCAAGACGGACAACCUGGCGAGAAGGGUAUUUGCCCCAAGUAUUGUGCGAUCGACGGUGGAGUCUUCUUCGAGGACGGAACGCGUCGCUAG